ACCAGGUCUCAACGUUCUCCGCCCGGCGAGGUGGCGAUGAGAGGAGCGGCGAUGUGUUUCCCGGCGGCGGCCUGCGGAUGGGUCGCCCUCCUUCUCUCCGUGUCAGUGGUGCCGAGUAACGAUACAGUGACGUACUAUUUUCCUGACAUCUGUGCCCCCAGAGGAGGGUAUACACUUAUGUUCUGCGAAGCCAAGAACACAAACAAUCGAUCUGUAACGGAACAAUUCUGGUUUACUCAAGAAGUAAAUAAUGAUCCUUUUGAUCUGACGGGCGACUCAGACUACAAAGGUCGAGCAACGAAUAUAUGUUUUAUGCCGACCGACUGCUACCUUAAGAUCACAGACCUGAAGGAGAGCGACUCCAAGACGUACAAGUGCAUCUUCUUUAUAGAACCAUCAGGUGACAAGUGGAUCGGUGAACCUGGAGUCAAUCUGACCGUCACAGCUCUGCAGGUUAAAGUGAUCAGCGUGACGGUCAACAGCUCUCACACCGAGGCAAAUCUGAGUUGUACCAGCAUCUGCGGCGGUCCUUCCUACAGAUGGUACCUGAACGGACAGAAAGUUCCCGGGGCCAGUGCUUUCUACACGGGCUCUUUGAAACCUGGAGACGGCGUCUCGUGUCGUCUGAUCAGUGAUUGGUGGUACGAUGGUGGCUCUCCCUCUCCUACCCUCUAUGCUCCUAAGGUUCCCUCUGUGUCAGUGAUUCCCUCUGGGGAAGUGAGGGAGGGCAGUAAGGUGACCCUGACCUGUAGCAUGGAUGCUAUCAUAGCAGCUAACUACACCUGGUACAAGGAGGACCAACCACGUCAUCUCAGUGAAGACCCUCAGCUCGUCUUCAGCCCCGUCCAGUCCUCUGACUCGGGACAGUACUCCUGCACAGUUGACAACCAGCUGGGGACGAAGAGAUCUAGAAACAUCUCUAUUGAUGUGAAAUAUGCUCCAAGGCUUCUCUCUGUGUCAGCGAGUCCCUCUCCUGAGAUCGUGGAGGGCAGCUCAGUGACUCUGAGCUGUAGCAGUGAUGCUAACCCAGCAGCUAUCUACACCUGGUACAAGGACGAUGAAGAAGAACCAGCAGCAUCAGGACCGAUCUUCAUCAUCAACGACUUCAGAGCUGAACACAGUGGGAAUUAUUACUGCAAAGUCCAGAACAACAUGGGGAAUAGUAACUCCAUCUUGAAUCUGACUCUGGUAACCGGUCUUCCAGACGGAUGGAUAAUAGCCGUUGCGUUAUUAUCUGUUAUUUUAUGUCUCGUCGUACUCGUUGUUGGCUUGAUGUGGAUGAGGAGAAAGUGGGCCCUUGAGCGACCCCCCGCGUCCCCCAGGAAACCAGACGGAGAGGCACAGAAACAACCCGCAGAGGAGGAGAGUGACCUUCACUAUGCCAGCGUCCAGUUCUCUAAGAAGCCAGCAGAUCCCGUCUACGGGAACAUCACGCCAUCGGGGGCCCAAAGACGCCCCGCUGAGGACGCCGUGGAGUACGCCUCUCUCACCUUUAGGGGUCAACUCCCAGGGUGAGCAGCGCUGUGGAGCUGCUGUUCAUGGCGAGUUUAACACCUUUGACAUCAAAGCACAUCUCAGUGAGCGUUAUGUGGAGUUACCGUCGCAUUGAAAAUGCGGAAGGUUAUGUUUUGAUCGCCGUGUAUCGGCUCCUGGCCGUCUCCAUCGGCUCCUGGUCGUCUCUCUCGGCUCCUGGCCGUCUCCAUCGGCUCCUGGCCGUCUCCAUCGGCUCCUGGUCGUCUCCAUCGGCUCCUGGCCGUCUCCAUCGGCUCCUGGCCGUCUCCAUCGGCUCCUGGUCGUCUCCAUCGGCUCCUGGUCGUCUCUCUCGGCUCCUGGUCGUCUCCAUCGGCUCCUGGCCGUCUCUCUCGGCUCCUGGUCGUCUCCAUCGGCUCCUGGUCGUCUCCAUCGGCUCCUGGCCGGCUCUCUCGGCUCCUGGCCGUCUCUCUCGGCUCCUGGUCGUCUCCCUCGGCUCCUGGUCGUCUCUAUCGGCUCCUGGCCGUCUCUCUCGGCUCCUGGUCGUCUCCCUCGGCUCCUGGUCGUCUCUAUCGGCUCCUGGCCGUCUCCAUCGGCUCCUGGUCGUCUCUAUCGGCUCCUGGUCGUCUCCCUCGGCUCCUGGUCGUCUCUAUCGGCUCCUGGCCGUCUCUCUCGGCUCCUGGUCGUCUCCCUCGGCUCCUGGUCGUCUCUAUCGGCUCCUGGCCGGCUCUCUCGGCUCCUGGCCGUCUCUCUCGGCUCCUGGUCGUCUCCCUUGGCUCCUGGUCGUCUCUAUCGGCUCCUGGCCGGCUUUCUCGGCUCCUAGCUGGCUCUCUAACACGCCGUUGUUUGUGUUUCCUGGAACACACGAUGGGAGCCAGAGGGACCGAUGUCUGGACCUGCAGCCUGG